AUGCCUCUUCGCUACCGUCGCCAAGUCGACCUCCUUGUCGGUCUUGGCUCCUCUUGUCCGCCAUUUUCUACUACUCUUUCUCUCACUCGCUGGCUCGUGCUCAUGUUCAUUUCAGCCGUCACCCAUCAGGUUGUUGCCACAGUGCUCUGUUGCCUGUUGGUCCAACGAAAAUGGCUGCAGCCUGACAUGCGAGAUGGGCGAAGCCGUCGUCAGACCAGGGCUCAACAA